UGAGUGUACGGUAGUCUCCUUCACCAUUUCUGUCUCUCGUCUUGGCGUCAGCCAAGCAGCAAAAUCCCUCCCACCGGCAUCCAUCAGAUAGAGUGUAUUGUAGGUGGUGAACGUUGUGCGAACCACCUCAACAGAGUACACGUUGUGCAAAGAACAAGUGAGCUGAGCUGAGCAUCUUCCGACUCCCGCUACUGCGGUACUGCGGAGGUUUCUCAAAAUCCAUCAGGCAAUGCUUGAGUAAUCCGUGCUGGACGACCAUGGAGGGGUUUGUUUGUCAUUCGUGGUGGGGCUUUUGCUUGCCCCUCAUUGAGCUUAAUGUGUUGAAUCCAAUAUAUAAUUCAAAGUUGGCUGUUCACUCUCCCAAGAUAUUCGUACUUCCAUAGACUAGUACCAACUCUCUUCUUCAACAACUUACUUCUGACUUCAAAGAACUUGGCAGCAAUCCCCAAUAUCUAUCAAACUUACACUGGAACACCCUCGUAAUAUCACCCGUCAAUAUGGUUGAGAUCAAGAAUGUCGUCCAUGUGGGAGUAAGUAACUCUACGCCUCAUCUCAUAUCAUCGCAGAGUCCGGGCGCUGACAAUUGCAGGCUGCUGGUUCCCUCGGAGCCCCUAUCCUGACUGCUCUCAUCGAGUCUGGCAAAUUCAACGUCACUGUUCUCACCCGCGAAAACUCCAAAUCCACCUUCCCCUCAUCAGUCAAGGUCGUCAAGGCUGACUACUCUGUAUGCCAAUUCUCUCUCAAUGCUCCCCGCCAGCCAAACCUAACAUUCCGUAGUCUGUUGAAUCCGUUACUGCCGCUUUCAAGGGACAAGAUGCCGUCGUCUCUUCCGUAGGAACGGAGGGUCUGCUCGGACAAAGUCUAUUCGUCGAUGCCGCCAUAGCUGCCGGCGUCAAGCGGUUUAUUCCUUCCGAGUUCGGAUCUAACCUCGCAAACCCACUUACCGCUGCCCUCCCAAUUUUCGGCUACAAGAUUGCAACCCGCAAGCACAUUGAAGCUAAAGUUGCCGGCGGUGCUGAUAUCACAUACACAUAUAUCCAAAAUGGACCCUUCCUGGACUGGGGUCUCCAAAUGAACUUCCUCGUCGACUUGAGAAGUGGAAGCCCAAAGAUCUUCGAUGGUGGUGACCAGAAAGUCAGUGCUACCACAUUGGCAUCGAUUGGAACAGCCGUUGUCGGAGUUCUCUCACACUACGAGGAGACCAAGAACCGAGACGUCUAUAUUCAGGAUAUUGCCAUCUCACAAAACCGCAUCGUUGAGAUUGCCAAGAAGGUCAAGCCUGAAAAGGCUCAAGGGCCAGUUCAAGUUAAGACGGCCGAUACGAAGGCUGCCUCAGAUGCCGCGCUCGCAAAGGGUGAUUACAGUGAAGGAACUAUGAUCCCAUAUCUCUUCACAGCCAUCUUUGCUGAGGGAUACGGUAACCUUUACCCCAAGCUGGACAACGAGCUUGUGGGACUCAAGCCAUACACUGAAGCUGAUGUCGAGGCACUCGUCAAGAGUGUCUUGGCUUAG